UUGAGAAGAAAAGAAAUCAAGAUUCCUUUCCGUACUACUACUGUUGUUUGGCUACAAGAUGGCAGGAGGAGUUUUUGUUCAACGGGGUUCCAAACAGUACGAGGGCGGCGUCACCGCAUUCGUGGUGAUCACAUGUAUUGUUGCCGCCACCGGUGGUCUCAUCUUUGGCUAUGACAUCGGAAUAUCUGGAGGUGUAACAUCCAUGGAUGAAUUCCUGGAAAAGUUCUUCCCAUCAGUGUACUUGAAGGAGAAAAAUCUCUCUGGUCACCAUUAUAAUCAGUACUGCAAAUUUGAUAGCCAGAUACUUCAACUGUUCACCUCUUCACUUUACAUAGCUGCACUCGUAGCUUCAUUCGUUGCCUCCGAAACAACCAGGGUUUUCGGACGAAGGAUCUCCAUGCUUUUUGGAGGGAUGGUGUUUCUUGCUGGCUCUCUGCUUAAUGGUCUUGCCAAAAAUGUAGCAAUGCUCAUCAUUGGUCGUAUAUUGCUAGGUGUUGGUGUUGGAUAUGCCAACCAGUCUGUGCCGGUGUAUCUGUCAGAAAUGGCACCAGCAAAAAUAAGAGGUGCACUCAACAUUGGCUUUUCAAUGGCCAUUACAAUAGGGAUUCUCAUUGCGAACCUAGUGAACUAUGGCACGUCCAAACUCAAGGGAGGCAUUGGUUGGAGAAUUUCCUUAGGUCUCGCGGGUGUCCCUGCUGUCGUGAUGACACUCGGGGCUUACUUCCUGCCAGACACUCCCAAUUCCCUCAUAGAGCGAGGCGACAAGGACAAGGCAAGAGGGAUGCUGCAGAAAAUCAGAGGCGUUGAAAAUGUUGACGCGGAGUUCCAUGACUUGGUUGAGGCGAGCGAGACUUCAAAGCAAGUGAAACACCCCUGGAAGAACAUCAGGCAACGGAGAUAUAGGCCUCAACUUGUCAUGGUCCUCCUCAUACCAUUCUUCCAACAGCUCACCGGCAUCAAUGUCACCAUGUUUUACGCUCCUGUUCUUUUCAAGACACUGGGACUUGGUAGUGAUGCCUCCCUUAUGAGUGCUGUCAUAACUGGCAUUGUUAAUGUCUUUGCUACAUUGCUGUCAAUCUUGUGUGUCGAUAAGUUCGGGAGAAGGGUAUUGUUCAUUCAAGGUGGCAUUCAGAUGCUCAUUUGCCAGGUUGCUGUAGGAGCCAUUAUAGGCAAAGAGUUUGGAGUUGGUGGAGUAGGAAGCAUCAGCAAAGCGGCUGGUGAUCUUGCAUUGGUGUUUAUAUGCUUAUACGUGGCUGGAUUCGCCUGGUCUUGGGGUGCAUUGGGAUGGUUGGUACCGAGUGAGAUCUUUCCACUUGAGAUUCGAUCAGCUGGGCAGUCCAUCAACGUCUCCAUGAACAUGUUCUUCACCUUCAUCAUAGCUCAGUGCUUCCUCUCCAUGCUCUGCAACUUUAAGUUCGGCCUCUUCUUCUUCUUUGCCGGAUUCGUGUUCAUAAUGACUGUUUUUGUCUACUUCUUCUUGCCUGAGACCAAGAACAUCCCCAUCGAAAACAUGAACAGAGUGUGGAAGGCACAUUGGUUCUGGGGAAAAUAUAUCCCGGACGAUGAGGUCGUCCCCAAAGAGAUGUGUUAAUUUUAGUUUUGGGUUUAAGUCCUCAAUCAGGUUAUUAUAUAACCGAGGAGAAUCAUGUCACAUAGUUAUGUGACACAAACCUACUUCAACACCGCAAUUAUGUAAGUGAUUUUAUUUACCGGAAAUAUAUAUAUAGAUAUUGUACUCUUAAGCUUUACCUUUCUAAUAGCAGCUUCUCCCCUGUACUCUUCAAUUAGUCGAGGAUUUGAGUCAUGAUCAAUCUUUUACUUUACUGACUGUUAAUUUUUCUUUGUA